GGAAUAGUAGUGUGUCAAUUUCAUUAAUUGCAAUUUUCUUUUGUUCGUUUUGGCAUUCUUUUUAAGAUUGAAAAUCUAGUUAAAUUGUUAAUUCGUACGUAGAUUAGAUCACAAAAAAUAUCUCCAUUGGGUAGAACGGCAUUCUAAGCAAUGGAGCAUAUGACAUUUUUCACAUCAUGCCAUGCAUUUUCUACCAUUCACAACAGAAAGGAAGAGCACAAUUCGAAGAAUGUAAAUUACUUCAACUUUGUAUACCGUCUUCCAAGGAAGACAGUAAUUAUCUCGAAAUUACGUGAAAAGACCACAAGAUCUUCGAGAUAAUAUUAAAUCGACAUUAGAAAAUGUUCUCUCAAUAUAUUACGAGACAAGUAAGUCGUAAUUACCAGAUUUUUUUUCUCGUAAUAUUUCGAAAUCUUUUCUCUUGUGAUUUUAAUAAGUACAAGUCCACAUGCAUAAAUUUAGCGGCAAUUUCGAGAAAAUAUACUCGUAAUUUUGAGAUCUUUUCUCAUAAUUUCGAGAUUAUUAAUUAGUAAUUUCUAGAUAUUUUCUCUUGAUAUUGAUCGGCUCUCGAGCCCGAUUGUUAAACAACUUUCAGUUGAUAUAAUAACCCCUUGUGUUCAUUGAUUAUAUUGGCCCUACUUCAUGGUAUAUCUAUUCCUAGAUAAAAUAAAACAUACUUUAAAAAUGGUUAAUGAAAAUAUUAAAACUUAAACACCAUAAAUGACGUGGCAGUGAUCUUUGAGAGAGAAAAACCCAUCAUUCACUGAUGGCGUUUGCUCAGCAAUGAAAUGAACAUUUUGUUGCAAAAUGUAACAUUCCGUCAAUAAACUAAGUUUUAAGUAUGUAUUACAAUUUAGUGCAAAUUAAACUACUCCAUAGAUCCCCAUUCCUCAAAGUGAAAAAAAAUAUGCCCAGGACCAUUCUGUGCAGCUAUUAAAGGAAUGUUCUUAAACAAGAAAAGAUAUUAAUUUCAAAACAGUCAUAGGAUGGGCUAAAUUUGAAAAGAAGAACUUGAUACAUUGUCAGAAUGGGUUAAAAGCAUAAGAGGAAUCUUAAAAUCCUGCAUUAGACAUAUUAAAACAAAAGUAUGUACCAUCUAUCCUUCACUAUUUAGUAAACCAGAAGUGAUCAAAGAAUUAGAUAGGUUAGUUUUGCUUCCAGCUGACAAAGCUUGUAACAACAUUGUCUUUGUUUGUAAGGCUCAUUAUUACAACUGUAUUUCAAACGAAACUUGACAUUAAUUCCACUUUUGGUAAUCGUACUUAUACUCCAAGUGCCCUUUCAGAAAAUGAAGUUCUUCAAAACCAUGCUUCAGUUUUAGACACAUUUAAUAUCCCAGUCAAUGGAUCGAAUGAAUAUGAGUUACUGUACCUAUACUGGAUUCCUAAACUACAUAAAAACCCUCACAAACAAAGAUACAUUGCUGGAUCCAGUAAGUGCUCUACCAAGCCCCUCUCUGCUCCUCACGAAAAUAUUAACAGCUGUGAAGGAGAAACUUCAAACUUACUGUGCGACUACAUAUGCCAGAAGUGGUGUUAAUCAAAUGAAAGGUGAAGAUAACGAACAGUGAUCAAUCUCAUAACUCCUACAAGUAAUACAAAAUAGAUAGUUGGGCAAACACGGACCCCUGGACACUUCAAUCGAGACUGUUGAAACCCAUGUACCAUCAACUUGUUUGUCAGUAGCUUGCCUCGAAUGUGGAUUCUAAAAAAUUCUAAAGAACUUUUAGUAAACUUGAAAUCGCAAAACUUUUCCCAAAUCAAUAACAUCAAAACCUAUGACUUUUCAACACUUUACACGAUCAUUCCUCACGAUAAAUUAAAGACUAGACUUUUUGACAUCAUAGACAGUUGCUUCUUCAACAGAAAUGGAAAACGGAAAUAUUCAUAUCUAGUGGUCAGUCAUCCAAAAAAUUACUUUGUUAAACACCAUUCUGACUCCAAGCACAAGUACUCUGAAGUUGAAAUAAAAAUAUGCUAGAGUUACUCAUUGACAAUAUCUUCGAGGUCUUUGGUGAUAAGGUCUUCGAACAGUCUGUUGGAAUUCCCAUGGGCACGAAUUAUGCUCCUUUGUUAGCUGACCUGUUUCUAUAUUCAUAUGAAACAGAAUUUAUUCAAAAACUUCUACAUGAGAAGAAAAAAUCUCUUGCUGUGGCCUCCAAUUCGACAUUUAGAUAUAUCGAGUCCGACGACGUUUUGUCUAUUAACAAUGAUAACUUUCAUUCAUAUGUCGAUUUAAUAUAUCCCUGUGAGCUCGAAAUAAAAGACAUCACAAAGUCGUCCACUUCCGCUUCAUACUUAGAUAUUUCAUUGAAAGUAGACAUUAACGGCAAACUACAAUGUAACACCUCAGCUGUAUGGCAAACGGGAUGAUUUCAGCUUCUCCAUCGUCAACUUCCCAUAUUUAUGUAGCAAUAUUCCAUUCUCACCAGCAUAUGGUGUUUAUAUCUCUCAACUGAUUGAAUACGCAAGAGCUUGUUCUGCGUAUGAUCAGUUUUUAAAUCGAGGCAAACUACUGACUAACAAGUUGAUGGUACAGGGGUUUCAACAGUCUCGAUUGAAGUCAGCAUUUCGUAUAUUCUAUGGUCGUUAAAACGAUCUAGUUCAUCAGUACAACCUAUCAUUGGGUCAAAUGCUGUCUGACGUGUUUCCUACCGAUUGUUAGGCCGUUCUUGGCACACUGAUUUUGACUACGAAUAACUUCGUUUACCUGAUCAGGAUAUAGGGCUCACGGCGGGUGUGACCGGUCGACAGGGGAUGCUUACUCCUCCUAGGCACCUGAUCCCACCUCUGGUGUGUCCAGGGGUCCGUGUUUGCCCAACCAUCUAUUUUGUAUUGCUUAUAGGAGCUAUGAGAUUGAUCACUGCUCGUUAUCGUCACCUUUCAUGAUGUCUAUAUUGUGCAAUCGUACGGCACAGGGCCCAGCUAAAUCUCGACCCCGCGAAACCCGCCGCUUUUUAAAAUUAAUUUCUGCAUAUCUUUUGAAGUAUACGGAAUUUCGGGAUGAAAUUUGACAGUUAUGUGAAAAAGUUAUAUACAAAAUAUACAAAUAGAUAAGACAACAAAGUAUUAUUAAAACAUUUUUCUUAAUUAUUUUUUGACGGUGAAGUAAGGUACCCUGUGAAAAAGAGUUCUAUACCUUUACUCUUAUAUAUAGUAAUUAGAUCCCUAAGCUAUAUAAGUGCCUGUGAUGUAAACGAGACUCGAGCCUUGUUUAUGUUUACAAACAAAUUGUUGAAAUGUUAAUUUUGUAAUCUAAAGCAUCCUAAUUUAGCACUGACACAAAUUCAACUUUUUAAAUAGCACGUUCUAACUAUAUGAAUAAUGCUUCAAAUGUGAUAUAUAAUCUACAUAUUUUCAAAAGUUUGUAAAUACCCUAAUUUUUGUUUACACCACAAAUAAUAACUCUCUAUAACGAGCUUCUGUCAUGAUGUAUAACAAUAAUUUUUUGUGAAACCUUUUUAACAUUAACCAGUAGAAUUUGAUCUUAAAAAGUGAAAAACAAAAACUGAGGGUGGGUGUGUGUGUCGUGAAUCAGUCCCUUUAAAUGAUAUAUGUUGACAUGUAUUACACAUAAAAGAAUGCAAUCACUGUUCACAUGCCAGAGUUCAUUACAUAAACAUAAAUUUCAUAUUCUUGAUCAUCUAUAUAUGCACUUAAUUAUCUGUACAUGUACCUAAUUACAAAUUAUCCGUAAAUGUACAUAAUUAUCUGUACAUUACACAAUUAUCUGUACAUGUACCUAAUUAUCUAUACAUAUACCUGAUUAUCUGUACAUAUACCUAAUUAUCUAUACAUGUACCUAAUUAUCUGUAAAUGUACAUAAUUAUCUGUAAAUUAUACAAUUAUCUUUACAUGUACCUAAUUAGCAAUACAUGUACCUAAUUAUCUGUACAUUACGUGAUUAUCUGUACAUGUACCUAAUUAUCUAUGCAUGUACCUAAUUAUCUGAGAAUGAACCUAAUUAUCUGUACAUUACAUAAUUAUCUGUACAUGUACCUAAUUAGCAAUACAUGUACCUAAUUAUCUGUACAUUGCAUGCUUAUCUGUACAUAUACUUAAUUAUCUAUACAGGUACCUAAUUAUCUGCGCAUGUACCUAAUUAUCUGUACAUUACAUGAUUAUCUAUACAUGUACCUAAUUAUCUAUACAUGUACCUAAUUAUCUGUUUUUACACAUGUACCUAAUUAUCUGUACAUGUACCUUAUUAUCUAUACAUGUACCUAAUUAUCUGUAGAUGUACCUAAUUAUAUGUACAUUACACAAUUAUCUCUACAUGUACCUAAUCAUCGGUACAUUACAUAGAAUUAUCUGUAUAUGUACCUAAUUAUCCAUACAUGUACAUAAUUAUCUGUACAUGUACCUAAUUUUCUGUACAUUACCUAAUCAUCUGUACAUGUAUCUAAUUAUCUGUACAUGUAACUAAUUAUCUAUACAUUAAAUAAUUAUCUGUACAUGUACCUAAUCAUCUGUACAUUACAUAAAAUUAUCUGUACAUUAAUUGGAUAAUUAUCUAUACAUGUACCUAAUUAUCUGUACAUUUACCUAAUUAUCUAUACACGUACCUAAUUAUCUAUACAUGUACCUAAUUAUCUGUACAUUUACCUAAUUAUCUAUACACGUACCUAAUUAUCUAUACAUGUACCUAAUUAUCUGUACAUUACAUAUAUAUAAAUAUCUGUUUAUGUACUUAAUUUAUUUGCAUGUGCCUUUAAUAUCUAGUCUUUUUUCGUUUGUUUUUUUUGUGUUGAACAAUCAGAAUACAAUUUGUUUUACCGCGACUGUGCCUAUACGACAAAAUUUUUAUGCCAGAUAUCAAACUCUGCCCUACUUCAUCCUUAUCAUUUCUAUAAAUUUACUUGGUAGGUUUCCUUCUACAACUAUCUGUACAUAUACCCAAUUAUAUGUAUUUGUACAUGCACCAAAACAUCUGUACAUGGACCUAAUUCACUUGUAACUUCCUCAUUACAUGAACCCUUAACACCUAGUCUUUUUUUUAAUUUUUGGAACAUUGUUUACCAUGACUACCUUUAUACGAUUUUUAUGCCAAAUAUUAAACUUUGGCCUAGUUCAUUCUUAUCAUUUCUAUAAAUUCGCGCGGUAGGUUUCCUUCCCUAUGUUUCCAUUUAACAAUGGAGGCCUUGCAUGGUUCCAGACACGGACUAAUAACAGCAUGUCUAUUUGCCGUCGCUGCCUCAUUCCUGGCCGAGGCUACUUUGGACGUUUGGGUAACCAAUAGCAAUGGAGGAGACAGACUGUCGCAGAAAUCCUCGCUUUCACCCACCGGAAGUUCCAAUGGAUUCCAUAUUUCCGUGAACCGUAACAAACGUUACCAGUACAUUACGGGAUUCGGGGCAGCGCUAACGAAUGCUGCAGCCUACAAUUUAUACCACAGUCCUCAGCGAGACCAGACAAUGCAGGAUCUGUUCGGGAAAUCCGGAAUAUCCAUGAGCUAUCUAAGAUUGCCCAUGGGAGGUACGGACUUCCAAGGUGUACAACCAUACACUUACGACGAUCUACCAUCUUGGCAACACAACGAUUUCCAUAUGGAUCACUUCACAAUUCAAAAAGACCAGGACUUCAUCAUUCCAAUCAUCAAACAGGCUCUGACGAUCAACCCCAGCCUCAGAAUCAUCGCUACGCCGUGGACUGCACCCGCCUGGAUGAAAACCACAAACUCUCUUUUCGGUGGCGAGUUUCAUAAUGGUAACAACUACCAACAAGCUUAUGCGCAAUACCUUGUCAAGUUCAUUCAAGAAUACCAGAAAGCGGGAAUUGAGAUUGAUGCCAUAUGCUUACAAAAUGAACCAAAACAUUCCGAUAAUGCCUAUCCAACCAUGAAACUCAGCUGGGAGACAGAGAGAGAUAUAAUCAAAAAUUACCUUGGACCCGCCUUCAAUCAACAUAGUAUUAACACAAAAAUUAUCAUUUACGAUCACAACUGGGAUGAUACUAGCUAUGCUGGUGACAUUUUAGCAGACAGCGGAGCAGCUCAGUACAUCAGCGGUAGUGCUUGGCAUUGUUAUGGUGGACGGCAUGAUACAUGUGGAGGUUUUCACAACCAACAUCCCGACAAGGAUAUUUACUUCACGGAAUGCUCGGGGGGUGACUGGGCACCCGGAUUCAACAUCGUCUGGGGCAUGCGAAUUCUUUCGAUUGGGCAAACUCGCAACUGGGCUAAAACCGUCAUGUAUUGGAACCUUGCCCUGGAUGAUCACCAUGGCCCAAAGGUUGGAGUUGGAGGUUGCAACAAUUGCAAUGGAGUAAUAACAAUUCAUGGCGAUGGUGGCACGACAAAGAACGCCGAGUAUUACAUCAUAGGUCAUAUGUCAAAGUUCGUGUAUCCGGAGGCUGUUCGAUUAGACACACCCGCUUACGGUUGGGAUGACGUCCACUCUGCCGCCUUUCAGAACAAUGAUGGUAGUAUAGCUGUAGUGGUUUUAAACCCCCGUAACGACAGAGACCAGUCGUUUUAUAUUGAUAUCGAUGGUCACCACUAUCAGUAUACCCUACCAAGAGAAUCGGUGGCUACGUUUGUAUACCGUAGUUAGUGUAAAUGUAAUCUACAAAUAAACACGUGGAAACUA